GGUUAUGAAAGUUGUUUGAAAAAUUAAAUAGAGGAUUAUUUAUUGAUUCAUUUAUCUUUUUUAUUCUUUCGGGAAAAGUACGAGGUACCUCCAGUUAAUCAAUAUCAAAAUCAACUAUCCGUCUGAUGUAUUAAACUACGCUAUCAAAUUACAGACUACAACUACAGAUACAACUACAACUAAAUAUCUUACUCAUACAAUCACCAUCCAUCCACCCAUCCAUCCAUCAUGGCAGCCAAAUACCUCUCCGCCGCCAACGCCGCAGCUUUAGAUAAAGAUCUCAUGUCUCUCGGAGCAUUUUCUCUCGAUCAAUUGAUGGAAUUGGCAGGAUUGAGUGUUUCGCAAGUGGUAUAUCAAGUUCAUCCUCCCUCCAAAGGCCGAAGAAUUCUCGUCGCAUGCGGACCCGGAAACAACGGAGGCGAUGGUCUAGUAGCAGCUCGUCAUCUCUGGCACUACGGUUACAAACCCACCAUCUAUUAUCCCAAACAGGGAAAAAAUGAACUCUAUCAACGACUCUCUACCCAGCUCCGUAACCUAUCGAUUCCGUUUACCGAUGAUUUUUCAGAAGCUCUGAAAGAAUCUGAUCACAUCGUCGAUGCUAUAUUCGGCUUCUCCUUCUACGGCAGCAUCCGCGACCCCUUCCCCUCCAUAAUCCGCGCUCUAGAAACCACUUCCCUCCCCAUAACAUCCAUCGACGCGCCCUCAUCCUGGGACAUCGCCACUGGUCCUCCGUCUUCCGGUCCUGGCGCAAACUUCAUGCCUCAGUAUCUGAUUAGUUUGACGGCGCCAAAACCUUUAGUCAGGUUUUUUAAGGGAAGACAUUUUUUGGGUGGGAGAUUCGUAACCCCAGAAAUUUCUCAAAAAUAUAAUCUUCAACUCCCUGAAUACGAGGGGGUAGAUCAAAUUGUUGAGAUGCCGGUUAAGGAGGAGGAGAAAUUAUGACGAAUUACUAAAAUAUGACAGCACAAUUAGGAGCACUAGUAGCAAAACUACAAAUCUG